UACCCUGUAGUGUGAUAUAAAUUGCCGUGUUCCAUAUGUCUUCCCUACAAAUAUACUAUAAGACAAUUCCAAAUUAACAUCCUCAGGCUCAGGCCUAGCAGACUCAGCCGUAACGAACCAUGUUGGCUACCUCGGAACAUUUCCAGUACUACUUCAAAACUUCUCUUCUUUUCUGCUUCCUUUUUAUUAUCCUUCCAAUUGUUCAACCACUCUCCUUUAACAUACCUAACUUCAAUGACACUGAAAGCGCAAACCUCAUUGGAACGGCAGGCGUAGCCAAGAUUGAGAACGGAACCAUAGUGCUCAAUCCACUCAUCGAAAAUGGAGUUGGACGAGCCAUCUAUGGCCAACCUUUGCACCUUAAAAACUCUUCUAAUGGAAAUGUCACAGACUUUUCUACUCGCUUUUCGUUCACUAUUGGCGUGCCCACUCAAACCAACUAUGGUGACGGCUUUGCCUUCUAUGUGGCACCCCUUCUCUUCCAGAUUCCGCAAAAAUCAGAAUCAGAUGGUAGCACUCUCGGCCUAUACGGUGACACCCAAAACAACAUCGUUGCUGUCGAAUUCGACACUUAUGUAAACGAUGAUGAUCCACCAGUGCAGCACGUAGGGAUCAACAAUAACUCUGUGGCAUCCCUCAAUUAUAGCAGGUUUGAUAUUGAGAGCAACAUAGGGAAAAUGGGGCAUGCGUUGAUAACUCACAAUGCUUCUGCCAAACUCCUUUCUGUCUCGUGGUUCUUUGAGGGAACUAGCUCUGGUUUUACACCUAAUGCUAAUUCUCUUUCGUACCAUAUUGACCUAGGGGAAACUUUACCAGAAUGGGUCAAUGUUGGGUUUUCAGGUGCAACCGGGUCGUCUAGUGAGCAAAAUGUUAUUCAUUCCUGGGAAUUUGCGUCAACUCUGAACUCCACCAGUUUAGAGACAAGAAGAGAAGAUAGUUCUGAUUUGGAUAAAGCAUCUAUGCCAAGAAGGUUUGGUUACAACGAAUUAGUUGCAGCCACCAACGGGUUCGCAGAUGAUAGAAGGCUCGGAGAAGGAGGUUAUGGAGAAGUUUACAAAGGGUUUCUGAGUGAUUUAGGGCGCGUGGUUGCGGUGAAAAGGAUUUUUUCUGAUGUUGAAAAUUCUGAAGAAAUAUUUACGAACGAGGUGAAGAUUAUAAGUCGUCUCAUACAUAAAAAUCUUGUUCAAUUCAUGGGGUGGUGCCACGAGGAAGGGAAGUUAUUAAUGGUUUUUGAGUACAUGACUAAUGGAAGCCUUGACAAUCAUCUCUUUGGCAACAGAAGAACUUUGACAUGGGGUGUGAGAUACAAGAUAGCAUUAGGCGUGGUGAGAGCACUUCGUUAUCUUCAUGAAGACGCGGAACAAUGUGUUCUUCAUAGGGAUAUUAAGUCGGCUAAUGUUUUGUUGGACACUGAUUUCAAUACCAAGGUUAGUGACUUUGGGAUGGCGAAAUUGGUGGAUCCAAGAUUGAGGACUCAGAAGACAAAGGUGGUGGGGACAUAUGGGUACCUGGCUCCUGAAUAUGUAAAGGAAGGAAGGGCUAGCAAGGAAUCUGACAUGUACGGUUUUGGGGUUUUGGCUUUGGAAAUAGCAUGUGGAAAGAGGACUUAUGAGGAUAGGGAGCAUAAUCAUGUGCCUUUAACAAAUUGGGUAUGGAAACAUUAUGUGGAAGGGAAUAUUUUGAAUGCUGCCGAUAAGGGAUUGAAAGGGGAUUACGAUGUGAACGAAAUGACAUGUUUGCUCACGGUAGGAAUAUGGUGUAGCCACCCAGAUCACAAGAAAAGGCCAAAGGCAGAACAGGUUAUUAAUGCCCUGAAGCAAGAAACGCCAUUGCCAUUGCUUUCUAUGUGACAUGCCCUCGUUGUCCUCCUCAGCCUACCAAUGGCCAAUCUGAUUCCUUUGAAUCACCAUCCAUCACCAACAGCAUGCCUAUUUCAAGGCCUUGCAAUAUAUCAGAACAUAUAUUUAGCCAAUUUUGGACGAGUUCUGUAUGUGAUUUAUGUAUCAUAUAUGUUUUCAUGUAAAUAGUCUAAUAUUAUAGUGUGGUAUUAAUAUAUUUUUAGUGUAAGUUUUGAUUCCUAUA